UCCUGAUCCUGGAUCUCAGCACUGUUACUCAUGGUCUCUGAGAGCCAAAAGCAGCAUUUACUGGGGCUCUGAACCAGGUAGAAGCAAAGGAAGGAGCAAAAGAAAUGGAAAAUGAAAGAAGCUGUGGAAGAUACCUGCUUGUGAGAGAGGAAGAGAAUAGGCCUUCUGUUUCAGAGAUCCUUGGCAUACCCCCGCCCCUGUGGAAAGACGCUCCAUCCAAACCUUUGGAGAGGCCGCAAGCUGAAGUUGGUGACCUGCCUCUGAGUCCCAGGGGAACCAUAGGCCUUUGAGUGGAUCCCAGGUCACCCUGAAGACUGAACACUUCUGCCUGGCUUUACCCUGAGGCCCUGUUUAGGGUUCCUGUUUCACAAUGUGGACCUAAAGCUUGCUCCACGCGCCCAGGGAGGAUGUGGCUCCCACGUGGACUGGGCAACAGGGUCAUCGUGGGACUUCAACUGAGAACCGGAAGCGCCCAGCAAUGGGCUGCGGUUAGAACCCACCACUCACUGAGGAUCGAUCCCCCACAGAGAUGAUUCCCACUGUCAAGGAUACGCAUCUGCCAUGGGAAAUCUACAGUGUCUGCAGGUACCCCGCCUAUGAUAUCCGAAGCUUCUGACUUCUCAGAACUGUUUAUUCUUUGGCCACAUUUCACUAAGAGCAGAAAGAAGGAAGAGGGAGGAGAGACCCAGAGCCCAACAGUCAAGAUGAAGAAACAAUCUUGGAGAGUUCACGUGAUUGCUCAAGACCAUUCAGCUUACAAGAGACAGAUGGGGAUUUUUCGGCCAGAAUGCGGUGAAAGACCCGUUUUUGAGAGAGGAGCUCAGUUUUCCAGAAUCAUAGGAGGAAUGGAGGCUGAGGUGGGUGAGUUUCCAUGGCAGGUGAGUAUUCAAUCAAGAAAUGAACAUUUCUGCGGUGGCACCAUCAUCAACGAGUGGUGGAUUGUCUCGGCGGCUCACUGCUUUCACUCUGAGAUCUCGCCAACAGAACUGAGAGUCGUGCUGGGAACCAAUAGUUUAAGCAGCCCAUCUCUGGAAAUAAAGGGGGUCACAAGCAUAAUUCUGCACAAGGACUUUCAGAAACUCAACAUGGACAAUGAUAUCUCCUUGCUGCUGUUGGACACGCCCAUCACAUUCAGCGAACUGAAAGAACCCAUCUGCAUGCCCACAGAGCCUGGCCUCUCUAGGUGGCACAAAUGCUGGGUGGCAGGAUGGGGGCAGACCCAAACUGGUCUCAAACAGCCUAUGGAAACAGAGCUGCUGAAAGUGCCCAUGACCAUCAUGGAUUGGGAGAAGUGUUUAAAGGAAUUUCCAAGACUUACCAAAAAUAUGCUGUGUGCCGGAUACGAGAAUGAGACCUACGAUGCUUGCCAGGGUGACAGCGGGGGGCCUCUCGUCUGCACCACAGAAUCUGGCAAGAAGUGGUACCAGGUGGGCAUCAUCAGCUGGGGAAAGAGUUGUGGACGGAAGAACAUUCCAGGAAUAUACACCUUGUUAGAAAACUACCACUCCUGGAUCAAGAAGGUGACUGAGUUAGAGGGAAGGCCCUUUAGUGCUGAGAAAAUGAUAGCCUCUCCCGAACAAAAAUCAAAGAGCUCUCAGGCUUCAGAAUUCCCAGAGCCAGGCAGCCCCAGAUUCUGGCUCCUGCUCUGCCUUCUGCCCUACAUGGUGUUUUAAGCUAUUUGUCUACAAAUAAUAAAAUAGAUGCUAUUCGUUAA